CUAAACUAAUCAAAGCACUGGAAUUGGAAACCCACAGAAACUUGGAGCGGCGAUUAUAGAGAGAUAGAGAGAGAAUCACAUUCAAUAUUUUUUAAGGUAUAAGACCCAAAAUUGCAGGAUUUCCCGUGAAGGCUCACAGGCCAAUAAAGCCAUAACCACCCACCUUCAACAUCAUUUCACGCAUUUCACUCUUCAUUUCCAUUUCCAUAUUCAUCCAUCUAAAAAGUUUUCUUGAUCACUUUUCUCAACUCUUACCCAAUUCUUUUAUAUUUGGUGAUUUAAUUUUCAAGUCACCUUUUGACUCAAACACUAUUGAAGUGUGAUCUAUCGUCAUCAUCGUCACCAUCAUCAUUUGAGGUUGUUGCGAGAUUAUUGGAAUGGAUUCUUGCUGUGUGGCCCUGAAAGCCAAUGCCCAUGUGGCAAAAACUAGCAAAGGUGAUUUCAUGUAUGGAGAUAAAGAGUUUUGGGGUGAAAGGAUCAGAGGGAGUCUCAACAAUAGUAUUUGGUCCAAUCAGAUGACAAGAAGCUUAAGAGCUGAGAGGAAUGCCAUCAAGGUCAAGCCUGGUGUUGCUCAUGCUGUUUUAACAUCAAACAAUCCCAAGGAGUCUAUGACCUUACAACCACCAAGAUUUGAGAGACGAAAAGUGGACCCAACAAAUGUAGCAGCAAUCAUAUUGGGAGGAGGUGCAGGGACUCAGCUGUUUCCUCUUACCAGAAGGGCAGCAACACCAGCUGUGCCAGUGGGAGGAUGCUAUAAACUAAUAGACAUUCCAAUGAGCAACUGCAUCAACAGUGGCAUAAACAAAAUAUUUGUACUGACCCAAUUCAACUCUGCUUCCCUUAAUCGGCACCUUGCACGCACAUACUUUGGAAAUGGUAUUAACUUUGGAGACGGUUUUGUGGAGGUCCUAGCAGCAACUCAAACGCCUGGAGAAGCAGGAAUGCAGUGGUUCCAAGGAACUGCAGAUGCUGUGAGGCAAUUUAUUUGGGUUUUUGAGGAUGCCAAGAACAGAAAUGUUGAGAAUAUAUUGAUCUUGUCCGGAGAUCAUCUUUACCGAAUGGAUUAUCUGGAUUUUUUGCAGCAUCAUGUUGACAGUAAUGCUGAUAUCACGAUUUCAUGUGCUCCAGUCAGUGAGAGCCGCGCAUCAGAUUAUGGUUUGGUGAAGAUAGACAACAGGGGACGAAUUGUCAAUUUUGCUGAAAAACCAACUGGUGCUGAGCUGAAAUCAAUGCAAGCUGAUACCACUCAUCUAGGAUUAUCUCUGCAAGAUGCCCUCAAAACCCCUUAUAUCGCAUCAAUGGGAGUCUAUGUAUUUAGGACUGAGAUUCUGCUGAAGCUUCUACGGUGGAGAUACCCUACAUCAAAUGACUUUGGAUCUGAAGUCAUCCCCGCUGCUGUUAUGGAGCACAAUGUUCAAGGAUAUAUUUUUAGAGACUACUGGGAAGAUAUAGGAACAAUAAAGACAUUUUAUGAAGCAAACUUGGCUCUCACUGAUGAGCCUCCAAAGUUUGAAUUUUAUGACCCAAAGACACCCUUCUACACAUCUCCUCGAUUUCUACCACCAACCAAAAUGGAUAAGUGCCGGAUUGUAGAUGCGAUAAUUUCCCAUGGGUGCUUCUUGCGAGAAUGUACUAUACAACACUCUGUGGUUGGUGAACGCUCACGUUUAGAUUAUGGUGUAGAGCUAAAGGACACUGUGAUGUUGGGAGCUGACAACUACCAAACUGAAGCUGAAAUCGCAUCUCUUUUGGCAGAGGGCAAAGUCCCUAUUGGUGUUGGAAGAAACUCAAAGAUCAAGAACUGCAUAAUUGACAAGAAUGCGAAAGUAGGAAAAAAUGUGAUCAUCACAAACAAAGAUGGUGUGCAAGAAGCAGAUAGGCCAGAAAAAGGAUUUUACAUUCGUUCUGGAAUCACAAUUAUAGCAGAGAAGGCGACAAUAGAAGAUGGCACAGUAAUAUAAAUGGAUCCAGAGCAUGUUCAAGGACUGGUUGGCUGUACAAGGGUGUUAAGAGAGGUAACCUGUUGAUUGCGUAGCGAAGAAGCUGACAUGAGGAGUGAUGAUAAUGGCAGCAUUUUGUUCUGUUGAGAAGAAGCAAGCUGCACCUUCUUUAUCACUAUGUAAAUUACAGGCUCGUCCAGUGCUCAUAAAACUAGAGCUUCCUUCUAGUGUUAUGGUCGCAAUAAGCCUCCAAAUAAAUCAAAAGAGCAUAUCAAUUAGCUACGUAGUUUCUUUUAGAACAUUUCUUUUUAGAGACUAUCUAUAUGAGCUGAUAAACUUUGUAUCAGUGUGGAUCUUUUUUUAAUAAUAUUAUGAAGCCUUUAUGUGUAGUA